AAACAUAGCAUGAUAGUUUUAGUUGCAGCCUUUUGGGAAAUAUGCAAGUGUGUUUAUGUCUCAAUUUUAUGUAGAAAAACUGAAGAACGAGGGACGCAGACUGACGAAGAAGAGCAACAUGCUUACAGAAGUUUAUUAGAAGCUUUACCAGCUAAUGGAAAUGACACUGUUAAGAUACUACAGACAUCUGUAAAGAAAAGGAGAAUUAAAUCACAUGCCAUCUCUAUAGAAGCACAGAAACAAGGAAUAUCCAAAUCCAGUAUGGCUCAGAAAGAAGUUUCAAAUGAAUUUGACUUGGUUCCAGGUGGUGCAGAGAGUGCUCAUGAUGAACCUGAUCAUUUUUAUGCUGCCCAUUUCCCACCUCUUCAUAAAGGAAAAUCUGAUUCAAAAACAAAAUAUAAAAGUUCACCAAAGAUCAAAGAAAACAGUUUUAAGCAGAUUCACCAACAAUUUCCUGUAUCACAUACAUCCAAGUGGAUGACAGCAAAUCUGGAUCAAGCACAAAGGGAGACCACUGUUGGUGAAAUGAGACAAAUUCUUGAGGAACUUGAAGAUAGAUGGGGUGAUGAUACAAGGAAAGACAAGACAGACAUGUACAGGAUAUUAAGGCAUCACUUGUCAAAGUCUACCAAUCCUUACACCCUGGUUGCCUACAUUGUCGAGAAGAGCAAAGAUUAUCAUUUACCCAAGACAUCAACUCUAGCCUAUUAUAUUAUGAAAGAGUUUGAUAAUUGGUGCAGUUUAAAAGACAACAUUCCAAAACAUUCACAUCUUCUCCUCACACAGGAGUUAAAGCUACAUGUGUUACACAUGUGUACUCGUUAUCAUAUGACUAUGGUUGGCUUUGCUAUAAAAGCGUUCCAGCUUGACCAACCUGAUAAUAGCUUUUUGGUGCCUGUGCUCAGAUGCUUUUUGGAGAAGCAUAAAUUCAAAGAGGCUGCUGUUUGUGGAGGUAAACUUGGCUUACAAGAUCAUUUCUCUGUGGAAGAGAUUGUUUUACCUCUCAUUCUCCAAGAUAAAGUGAACUUGAUAGAAACAUACUUAAUUGGUAACCAACGUCAACAACAGCUGGUGGUACAGAUGUUGGACAGACUUUGUGAUCGAUCAGUUGACAUGGCUACCAUCAUUAGUUCAUCAGGUGUGCCUAAUGCGAAACGAGAAAAGAUGCAUUGGAAACCUCUGAGUAAGCUAGCAGCCCGCUUAAUGAAACUGUAUGAUAUCCCUUCAGAUUUGUGCCCAAACAUCAGCAAUGCAAGAGGGCUGGGUGCUGUCAAAUACCUGUUGUACAAGCGAUAUAUAGAGGGAUCAAUGGGUGCAGGCAGCUGGGAAGAAAUGGUUCAGAGUGCUGUUGGUGAUAGUGCCUUUUUGAAGGAACAGUUAAUAGAACAGCUGAUGUGUUACAAUGAGACGAUUGCUGCAGCGAAAUGGGCAGAUUACUAUCAGUUACCUGACGAAUCUGUUCCUCCAUUGGUAGCAACACAGAGGAAGGCCCUUAGAGAAAACCCUGGUCCUACUACAGGUGAGAUAGAUGGUGAGGACUGGGACAAUGACUGCUACACUGAUGGUGAUAUCAAAACAUCAUGGUACCCUCUAAAGAUCUCUCAGGAAGCAAUUACUAUGGUUGACACAAAGGAAAGCUACUGGGCUUGUUUGCAGCGACUAUCUCAGCCAGGAACAACAGUUGGUAUUGAUUCAGAAUGGAAACCUGGGUUUGGUAACACAGUUCAGAGGGUAGCCCUGAUGCAGCUAGCUGUUAUGGACCAUAUAUAUUUACUAGACCUUGUUUACUUAUCUCAACAUCUACAGAUGGAUGACUGGAAGCAGCUUGCAGCACGUUUUUUCUGUAACCCAGCCAUACUCAAACUAGGUUAUGGACUUGACUCUGAUUUUCAGAUGUUUGUUAAGACAUUUCCUUUUAUGAAAGAAAGCCUUGCAAACAUGAGUCGAGUUGUGGAGCUUGAGAAAGUUGCUCAAAAGGUGAUAGAUAAAACAGUGAACCUCCUCCCUGAUGAUACGGGCCAGUCGGAUGAUGAGGAAGGUCCUUUAGAGGAUAGUGACAGUGGAGUAAACAUCAAGUUUCCCCGCAAGGAAGCGCGUGGUCUAAGUGAAUUAGUUAGACAGACACUUGGAAAACCUCUCAGUAAAACAGAACAGAUGUCAAACUGGGAACGAAGACCUUUACGACCAGCUCAAGUCACUUAUGCAGCAUUAGAUGCAUUUGUACUUCUUGAAGUGUAUGAUGAACUAGUCAGACAAGCUCAGAGGUUAAAGAUGAACAUUGAUAUGGAACCUCCUGUAAGCAUGAAAUGGAUGAAGGCUAGCAAGCGAGAGAAAAUGAAGGCCAAGGCUAAAGGUCAAAAGUUCACUUACAAAGAAAAACCUUCCAAGACAAAACAGUAUACUUCCCCUUCCCCACGAGGAGCAGGUCCAAAUCCCAUGUCUCCAGGGCAGCUGAAGGUUGUGGUAGACUCAAUGUUACAGGGACUAGGGCGACAGCUUAGGAGUUGUGGAGUGGAUGUCUACAUUCUGGAGAAUCAUGAGGACCAUGACAGAACCAUUGAGAUAUGUAGGAUGGAGAACAGAAUUGUGUUGACCAGUGGAAACCCCUACAUCAUGGUGAGGUCACACGUAGGGGAACACAUGUGUUACUGUGUUCAGAGUGUAACUGCAAAGGAACAGGUUGUAGAAGUCAUGGAAUACUUUGGGGUGAAGGUCAAAACAAAGGACAUCUUCAGUCGCUGUCAGGUGUGUAAUGGUGAUCAAUACCUGGAGAUACCACAGAAACAGGCCCAGCAGUUAUGGUACAGGAAGUGCCAACAGUCAUCUGUGGCAGGGUCUCGGGUCCUGUCUUUAAUGAGAGCUGCCAAUCCUGCCAAUUUGACUGAAGCCGAAGCAUUGUGUAUGAAGGAUCUGGCUAACUAUGGUGUUAACUGGACUACUGUGUCUGUAGCAGUGAGUGGUGUUUCCAUACAGAUUGAAACAGUACCAGAAGGGGUGAUAGGAAAGAUCGGCUUAUUUUAUGUGUGCCAGAGGUGUGGAAAGGUCUUCUGGGAAGGCUCACACUUCGCAAAGGUCAAGGAACAAUUUGCACAUGUUUUAACAUUAAGUGACUGACACUAAAGAAAAAAAAAAAAAAACGCAAAAAAAAAACAGACAUUCUGGAUAAGGACUUCAUUAGCAAUGUAUUCACUGGGGAAUGUAUGAAAUAUACAGGAGUAGUAUUACAAGUGUUUCUCACAUUGGACCAGUGUUUCCAGUACUGCCAUAUGGUGCAAUAAAAUUUUGACCAAGCCUUUGAUUAAUUGUCUUUCAAGGGAGCAGUAAUGAAUGCAUUAAUUGUAAAGUGAC